CGAUAGGAGAAGGGGGCUCUGAGGCUGUCGUAAAGCGAAAGCUCACGAAGACUUCGUUUUAGACGUUGUGGGGGUGGGGGAGCUUGGUGGUGUGGCUGCUUCUGCAUUUAUAUAUACACAUAUAUACUACAGCACCUGCAUGUGAGAUCCCUCGGCACUCCACGCACAGGCUCAAACAUUACCCAGCCUCUCACCCCCCCCCCUCUCUCACAUAAGCUUCUCUUCGCGCAGCUGCGAACCCAUACAAAGAGUGGCGCUAUUUUCGUUGGAGAUCUCUCGAACCGUUGCUUGCCAAUCCCAAGUUUGCACAAAUGGCUAAGAAUGUUGGGAUUCUCGCCCUCGACAUCUACUUCCCUCCCACAUUCGUUCAGCAGGAAGCAUUGGAGGCUCAUGAUGGUGCCAGUAAAGGGAAGUAUACCAUCGGGCUGGGACAAGAUUGCAUGGCAUUUUGUACAGAGUUGGAAGAUGUCAUCUCAAUGAGUUUGACAGUGGUAACAUCCCUUCUUGAGAAUUAUGAGAUUGAUCCCAAACAAAUUGGUCGCCUGGAAGUAGGCAGCGAGACUGUGAUAGACAAGAGCAAGUCCAUUAAGACCUUCUUGAUGCAGAUCUUUGAGAAAUAUGGAAAUUCUGACAUUGAGGGUGUUGAUUCCACAAAUGCAUGCUAUGGAGGAACUGCUGCUUUGUUCAAUUGUGUAAACUGGGUGGAAAGCAGUUCAUGGGAUGGACGCUAUGGACUUGUUGUCUGCACUGACAGUGCGGUCUAUGCUGAAGGGCCUGCUCGGCCUACUGGUGGAGCUGCUGCUAUUGCCAUGCUAAUUGGUCCUGAUGCGCCUAUUGCUUUUGAAAGCAAAUUGAGGGGAAGUCAUAUGUCUCAUGUAUAUGACUUUUACAAGCCUAAUCUUGCUAGUGAAUAUCCAGUUGUUGAUGGGAAGCUUUCUCAAACAUGUUACCUAAUGGCUCUUGAUUCUUGCUAUAAACAUUUCUGUCACAAAUAUGAGAAAUUUCAGGGGAAACAAUUUUUUAUUUCUGAUGCUGACUACGUUGUAUUUCACUCUCCUUAUAACAAGCUUGUACAAAAAAGUUUUGCUCGUUUGGUGUUCAACGACUACCUGAAAAAUCCCAGCUCUGCGGAUGAGGUUGCUAAAGAAAAGCUGGAGCCUUUUUUAACAUUAUCUGGUGAUGAAAGCUACCAAAGCCGAGAUCUUGAAAAGGCAUCCCAACAAGUUGCAAAGCCGCUGUAUGAUGCAAAAGUCCAACCUACUACUUUGAUACCCAAACAAGUUGGCAACAUGUACACUGCUUCUCUUUAUGCGGCAUUUGCAUCCCUCAUUCACAACAAACAUAGCACAUUGGCAAACAACCGGGUGAUACUCUUCUCAUAUGGAAGUGGCCUAACUGCCACAAUGUUCUCUUUGCGAUUACAUGAUGGUCAACAUCCAUUCAGCUUAUCGAACAUUGCUAAAGUGAUGAAUGUUGACGGAAAAUUGAAGUCAAGACAUGAGUUUAUUCCAGAGAAGUUCAUUGAAACUCUGAAGCUAAUGGAACAUAGGUAUGGUGCCAAGGGCUUUGUGACGAGCAAGGACUCUAGCCUUCUAUCUCCAGGCACCUUCUAUCUCACUGAAGUAGAUUCCAUGUACCGGAGGUUCUAUGCAACCAAAACUAGUGUGAUCGGCAAGGCCCCAGCUGGAAAUUGUGUGACUGCCAAUGGUCACUGAUACUGAAACACACAGAACGUGAAAUGCUCUGAUUGGUAUCUGUGCUUGUGUCCUUGUUAGUUACGUUUACGUGUUCGGAGGGAAGGCGAUUGGUUGUCGUUGUCGCAAAUGUUGAAAAUUCAAAAAUUCCACCCCCCUUUUCGAUGUCCUUGCUUCAAAUAAUUGUGCCAGUUGUUCAAAUUAAUUUGUUUUUCAAUAGUGUUGGUAAUGUAAAACAUGAUUUGUUAUCAAAUUCAGCUAGUUUCAGGGGAGCAUCACUUAAAUGCAAGCCUUUUCAUAAACUAGAGAUGAUGGUAAGUUGAGCAAAUGUUUUGUCGAUGUA